CUGAGGAUGUCGAAAAGCAAUGAUUCAUCUCAUUCUGCUGUAACUGCUGUUUAUUUUGUGAUGAUGUCAUUAUCGACGGGACUAGGCGAAUUUUUAUCAAAAACGAACAAUGAAAUCGUCUUAAUGAUUUCCAUAAUACUAUUUGCCAUUUUCUGGAAGUACUAUAUGUUGGCUAAACUGAUAUCCUCACUAUUCCUGGAAAACUUCCACAAGAAACAGCAGAAGUUAAGAUUCUUCUUGAAAAGAUUUUCUAUUUUCUAUCGCAUGCCACCAUUGGGUUACCGAAGGUUGAGUGAAAAAUUUCGAAUAGAUCCUUAUUUUUAUGAAGGCACUAAUAAGAACUUCAUCGAGAAAACUGUUCCUCACUACCUGUUAAUGCUGCUACAAACAAGUAAAAUCAAAAAUACUUUAGGCGAAAUACCACUAUUCUUGAUGGUAGACAGUUAUUUCCUAACAUUUGGUGAUUUAACUCGUCAGAUGUAUGUUAUUCAGAAGGGGUUUUGUCGCAUUUACAACUCGGAGGACUGUUUAGAAAGAACUGUGGGACCCGGAACGCAACUGGGAGUUCUAGAAAUGUUUUUUUGCAUGCCAAAAAAGCAUACAGUUGUCACAUGCACUGAUUGUGUUAUUAUUAGUCUAGAAUAUACGAGUAUACGUCAGAUUUUGGGAUUAUUUCCUAAGGAAUAUAGUACUAUUGAGGAUAUUGUUCACAAUGAAAACAUUAUGAGUCUUUUGAAGAAGAUAGAUACUAAUGAAGACGCAUAUGAGAAUUGCGACAUUGGGAGGCAUAUUAUUGUAGAUCGAAAGUGCUUCAUCAGUUUGUCCAAAUCGUGGCCGAAUUACUGUGAAGUAUACAGACAAAAAUUGGGUUCCUUGUGGUUUUUCGCUGUUCUACUCAUGCCAGUAUCUAUUCACCCAGAAGGGUUUUUUCUCAUAUUCUGGUGUGCCAUAAGAAGUGUUUUUAUUGUUAUUUUGAGUAUUUUGGAACCUAUCAUGGUUUUGGUUCCAUCAUUUGUCGAUGGGUUAUAUUGGUGGAAAGUGGUUUGUCAUUCAUCUUUGUAUUUCGACAUUUAUAUUCUCAUGCAUGUAGCAUAUUUUGAUGAUGGAGGUUUUUUGAAAAUUCAUCCGGCCCAUACAUUUUGGUACUAUAUUUGCCACGGAUUCUUAUUGGACUUAUUAGCUGCGAUACCGUGGGAAUUAUUAUUGAUCCACCUCAACCCGGAUAAUCAUGGCAUGAUAGCAUUUCCACAUUUUCAUCAUUGUUCUUGGAGUCUUUUGAAGCUUACCCAAUUUUACAAAGUUUUCAAAUUUCUAUCAUUCUUCGACGAGAACAUUUUUGGAACUGUCAAGGUCAUGAAAAUCUCCAAGAUAUUUCUAGUUAUUGUUCUGAUUACAAAUAUUCUAACUAAUAUAGUAAUUAGUUAUAGCUGCCAAAUAGUGACUGACGUCCAGUAUCUUCAAUGUAUGAAUGAUUUCUGGCAGAAAAAUUCUCCCUUCGGAAGAUUGCGAGAACCUGCAGAAAGAUAUAUUGUGGGAAUAUACACUGCUGUGAAUUUCAUGACACAAACUGGAUUUGAAGAUAUAACAUCUGCAAGUUUUGAGCCUAGCAUUGUAGCAAUCAUUUCUGUUUUACUGGGAUUCAUAGUAUUCGCCAUAUUUACUGCAAUUGUGGCAAACAUUAUCCUCGAAGGUUCUGUGGAAACGUCCGAAAGUCCUGAAGAAGUGUUUACUUUAAUGAACAUUCUCGAUUCCAAAGGUUUGAAGAAUGACGUAAGGAGAAAAUGUUUCAGGCAUUUUGAAUAUAUUUGGAGGUAUAAUGGCCCGCCAUCCCAUCAAAUGAUCAAACACUACAACCCCGAACUGGACGUUAACAAUACACUCUUUUAUUUCUACAGAAACAUUCUCCAGGAUGUGCCACUUUUCAUCAGUUUUGACGAUAAUUUUCUGGGCGUUUUGAUAGAUCACAUAUUUGUGAAACUGUUUAUUAAAGGCGAGACUGUGGUUAAAUACAAAGAUAUUCUAUCGGAAAUUUUCAUCGUAGCAAAAGGUGAAGUAGAUAUUUUGAAUAAAAAUAAGGAAUAUAUGCAAACUAUUGGUCCCACUGGAGUGUUUGGAAAUAUCUCUGACAAUUUUAAUAAGCUCAGUGGAAUUUAUGUCGUUGCGAAAAGAAAUGUGGAAAUAUGGAUUUUCAAUACUGAGAAACUGUUAAAUAUUAUCGACGUCUAUUCAGCAAUUUCUGAUGAUCUGGAACAUAUCAUGAAAACGAAGCCAAAUUUCAUAAUGCCAAUAGUUUCGGAUGAACCCGACAUUCAAAAUGAACUCGAAGCCGAUUUUGAUCCAGCUGUUAAAAAAUCAAGUUUAUUAUUAACGAAAUAUGAAGCAAUUCAGUUCUGUUUACCUCAAAGAUGGUUCAAAUUUUCACUGGAAUAUGAUCAUGGAAUUUUUAAAGUUUUUGAUGCUAUGACAGCAGUUGCAAGCAUUUUGAAUUUAUUAGUAAUACCUUACGUUUUUGUUACCCAAGAAAAGUUUUUAUUGGGUUACUUGUAUCUACUAUUCGAGCCAAUAUUCUAUCUGAGAAUAUUUUUCAAACUGCACCGUAGCUAUGUCAACGUUUAUGGAAAUUUAAUACAGAGUAAUAGAAAGUUACGCAAGAAAUAUAUAAAUAGCCCUUUGCAACUAUUUUGGGAUGUGGUACCCAACUUCCCAAUAGGUUGCAUGUGUUUCAUUUUUCCAAGAGAAGAAUGGUUUUUUUCCUACAGUUGUCUCAGAUUGCUUCACAUUUUGAGAUUUUAUUAUAUAUCGCAGUAUUUUGAGUGUAAUAGUGAUCUGCACAGAAAGAUAUGGUUAUUGUUAACAAAAUUACUUGUAUACUACUUCUUCAUAAUACAUAUUUUGUCUUGCACGUGGUUCAUGAUGGCCUGCCCCUUCGAUAACUGCAUUUCCGAAUCGUGGAUUUCAAGAUUUGAGAAACAUGUUCUGCAUACCCCCGUUUUUUAUCGGAUGAUGUUGUCUUAUUAUUACAUUUUGACUGUGUUAACAAGUACUGGAAUUGCUGAUAUAAAAUCAACUAAUGUUCUGGAGGUACUGUUCACUUCUUCAGUGAUGAUUGUUGGGAAAAUAAUGUUGGCGGUACUUUUAGGAUAUGUUUUGCGAACCCUUCAUCAUUCUGAAAGUAGGCUUUUGAGAUACGAAAACGAAUCAAGAAAUUGCACCAAAUUUUUGAAAGAAUGGAAUGUGCCAGAUUAUCAGAUAAGAAGGACGAGAUUAUAUAUGAAGAAUAUGUGGGAGUACGAAAAAGGAAGAAAACCUUUCAAACUUCUGGACCUUUUACCCAAUCCGCUGAAACGAGAUGUACUUAUAUCAAUUUAUGGAACUUUGUUGAGAGAUACAUUUCUUUUCAAG